GCGCGGCGGGUCUCAGUCUGUUUGCCUCGUGCAGUGGUACCGGCAGCGUCGAUCGAGGAGGCAGUGACGCCCAUAGUUGCAGUGUCAGUGUCACCAUGAAGAAGGCCGUGUACGACCCGGAGCCCGCGCUCUCUCGCAAGUCAUACGUAAAGAGUCUCCAGCAGUACAAGGACCUCCACAAAAAGAGUGUCGAGGACCCUGCCAAGUUCUGGUCCGAGAUCGCCAGCCAGUUCCACUGGGAGGUCCCCUUCGACGUGAACAACUUCUACUCCUACAACUUCGACCUGAGCAAGGGCCCCAUCUCCAUAAAAUGGAUGGAAGGUGCAAAAACCAAUGUCUGCUACAACCUGUUGGACAGGAACAUCCGCAACGGCAUGGGGGACAAGAUAGCCUAUUAUUGGGAAGGAAAUGAUCCAGAUGACUACAGCCGGCUGACGUACAAGAAGCUGCUGGAAGAAGUAUCCAGAUUCGCCAAUGUUCUGAAGUCCAAGGGACUGACCAAAGGUGACAGAGUUGCCAUUUAUAUGCCUAUGGUGUUGGAGAUCGUGGUCGCAAUGCUGGCUUGCGCCAGGAUUGGUGUCAUCCAUUCCAUAGUGUUUGCAGGUUUUUCGUCAGACUCUCUGGCAGAGAGAAUGUUGGACUGUAAGGCCAAGCUACUGAUAACAGCAGACUGUGUAUGGCGGGGUUCUAAGCUGCUGUGUCUCAAGGAGAUUUGUGAUUCAGCGAUGGAGAAGAGCGAGAAGAUGGGACACUCUGUAGAGACGUGUGUGGUUGUGUCACACUAUGCGAGGCUCAGCUCGUCAAUGAGUCAGAAUGGCACCAAUGGCACCAGUCCUCAUGAGGAACCCAAGGUACCGUGGAAUGAUGACCGGGACGUUUGGUGGCAUGACGAGAUGGAAGAUGCUUCCACCUCUUGUGCUCCAGUCUGGAUGGACUCAGAAGACCCUCUCUUCAUGUUGUAUACAAGUGGAUCAACGGGGAAGCCGAAAGGUGUACUCCACACGACAGGAGGUUACCUGCUGUACGCUGCCACAACUUUCAAGUACGUGUUCGACUACCACCCUGGUGACGUGUACUGGUGUACAGCUGACGUGGGUUGGAUCACAGGCCACACAUAUGUUGUCUAUGGCCCCCUUGCCAACGGAGCUCAAUCUGUCAUUUUUGAAGGGACUCCUUUCCAUCCUGACAAUGACAGGUACUGGGCUGUAAUAGAGAAGUACAAGGUUACCCAGUUCUACACUGCACCCACAGCCAUCCGAGCACUCAUGAAGUUCGGAGAAGAACCCGUCAAGAAGCACAACCUCCACACCCUGAAGGUCCUUGGGUCUGUGGGGGAGCCAAUCAAUCCCGAGGCUUGGCUAUGGUACUACAAACUGAUCGGAGGGGAGAAAUGUUCCAUUGUUGACACAUUCUGGCAAACGGAGACCGGUGGCCACGUUCUCACCCCCUUGCCUGGUGCCACACCUAUGAAACCAGGCUCAGCGACAUUCCCCUUUUUUGGUGUUAUGCCAUCAAUCAUGGACGAAGAAGGUCACGAGAUCACAGGUGUUGGAGAGGGAUACUUGGUGUUCAAACGGCCGUGGCCUGGCAUCAUGAGAACCCUCUUCGGCAAUCACGAGCGCUUCGAGCAGGUCUACUUCUCUAAGUUCAAGGGCUACUACUGUACCGGUGAUGGGGCAAGACGAGACGAAGACGGCUACCUGUGGGUGACAGGGCGAUGCGUGGACGACAUGCUUAACGUUUCUGGACAUCUCAUGUCUACAGCUGAGGUUGAAAGUUGUCUCACAGGGCACCCUUCGGUGUCUGAAGCUGCCGUCGUCUCUCGCCCGCACCCUGUCAAAGGGGAGUGUCUCUACUGCUUUAUCACUCCCAAUCAAGGAAUCCCUUUCACUGACAAAUUGGUGUCAGAGCUCAAGACUAAAGUGAGGGAGAAAAUUGGGCCAUUUGCAAUGCCUGACAUUAUCCAACACGCACCCGGACUGCCAAAAACAAGAUCAGGAAAAAUUAUGCGACGUGUUUUAAGAAAAAUUGCUGUUAACGAUCACAACGUUGGCGACACUUCUACUCUUGCUGAUGAGAGUAUCGUUGAUCAGCUGUUCAAGAACCGGCCAGAGGGGAACAAAUAACUUCCCUCCAUUUCAAGCUUUAACUUACCUUCGCCAGGCUUUCAUGUAAAGAAUUGAGAUAACUGUUAUUUAUUUUCUGAUGUUACUUUGUGUAAAUUAUUUAAUAAUGUUGACUGUUAACUUAAUCGCUGUAAUUUAUUUUUGCUUGACAUGACAUCACCUCAUUGUAUAUAUAUAUAAGCAACUGCUAGUGUUUUAAUUUAUGACCAAAUCAAAGCUAGUUUUUUUAAAACACUGGCGUUUAAUUUGUUUUUUUAAGUCAAGAAGAGAAAGUUACAAGUAAAGUCCUGUAUCACAAAAUACAGAUAAUUGCACAAACACCAAAUUAUUACUUAAAGUAAUGUUAUAGAAUGUUAUGUAUAUUGUACAUUUGGUUGGAAAUAAAUGUUGUGUUUUAGUGUAUUAAAAAUUUUAAUAUAAGUUUUCUGUUACCUUGAUCCGGAAAAUCUGAGUUUAACAUCAGUGGCACAAAGUUAAUGAACAUUAUAUAACAUGAUUGUAUCAGUAUAAAAAAUAAAUUAACUGUGAUGCAAAAUAUUUUACUAAAAGGAAAUUGUUUAUAUUAUGUGUAAUCAAAUGUAAAUGUGUUUUACUGAAAUAAAAUGUUUAAAAUUUAUGUUUAAUAGCUUAUUUUUAAUAAAAACAAAAAUAAAUUGUUUUAUACUGUUGAGAUAAAAUUGUAUGGUCCAAGUGAAAUCUAUUCCAGUAAUAACUAAUAAAAUGUGCUACUCUACAGUUUGCAGAAAUGUCUUUUCGCAAUGUUUUUGAAAUAUUCACAUUACUUUGUAUAGGCUAUUACUUAAAUCAAUUCAAUACUUAUUUAGUAAAAAAAAUGGAAUAAAAGUUCAA